AGCAGACUGUAAACUACUGGAAGCAGGGAAAAUGGCCUUGCAGCCACCUCUGCUGCCACCCCCACCUGCUCUCCGGAGCCCUCGGACUUCCCGAUAUAUCUAUCAGCUUCCUUCUUGGGUACUGGAGGACUUCUGCCAUAAGAUGGACAGCCUGAGUGAAUGGGACUGGAUGCAAUUUGCCUCUUAUGUGAUGACUGACCAGACCCAGUUGAGGAAGAUCAAGUCCAUGGAGAGGAUUCAAGGUGUCAGCAUCACCCGGGAGCUGUUGUGGUGGUGGGGGAUGAGGCAGGCCACGGUGCAGCAGCUCCUGGACCUCCUGUACCGACUCCAGCUCUACCGAGCAGCCCAAGUCAUCCUGGACUGGGGUGCCGUUCCUGAAAUUGCUAGUGCUUCGCAUGUUCUUCCUGACUCUCUGCCACCUGAGAAGUCCUCAAUAUCUUCAAUAAGAAAACCAGAGGAAAUCCAAGAACAAGGCCCUACAAAACCCUCAGGAUUGAUUCCCUUUUCUAGUUCAGGUACUUCUAGGAACGGGCCAAGUCCAAGUGGAUCCACAAAGCAAGCCCUACACAUUCCUUUUAUUGAAGAGGACCUCCCUCAUUCCUUAAAAACAAAUCCUUCUGCUUCAUCAGAUAUGAAGAAUUGCCAAAGCUACAUUCCUCAGAAAAAAUCCCUUGUGAGUCUAAAUGGUGAAAACCUUUACUGGACAGAAAUGGAGGUGAUCAAGGCCACCAAUGGAUUUAGUCAAGAUAACAAAAUCAGCGAAGGGAGUUUUGCUGAUGUCUAUAAAGGGCAACGACACAACAUGCAGUAUGCCUUUAAAAAGCUUCAAAAGACUAGGUGCCCAAGAGACAUAUCCAUCGAGAGUUUCUUCCACAUGGAAGUCCAGAUGUGUCUUAGGUGUUCUCAUCCAAACAUCUUACCUUUGCUCGGCUUCUGUACCGGGGAAGUGUUUCACAGCGUCAUACACCCCUACAUGCCCAACGGCUCUCUGGAGGACAGACUCCGCUGCCAAGACAAUACUGCUCCCCUUUCUUGGGAACAGCGGAUCAGCAUUUCCUUAGGAUUUCUUGAAGCCAUAGAAUACUUACAUGGUCUCAAGAUUAUUCAUGGUAAUAUCAAGAGCUCCAAUGUUCUGUUGGAAAGAAACUUUGCCCCAAAGCUUGGACACCCCAGAGUUCGACUAUCCUCUGAUGAUAAAAAAUCCUCCUAUACCAUGAUGAACACCCAGCUUUUCCAGGCCUUGACUGCAUAUGUCCCAGAAGAUUUCAUCAGAGUGGGACAGCUCACAGAAAGAGUUGACAUCUUUAGCUGUGGAAUAGUAUUAGCAGAGAUUCUGACUGGUAUCCCAGCGAUGGACAAAGAGAGAACUCCAGUUUAUCUGAAAGACUUACUCAUCAGUGAAAUCCCAAGCACCAAAGUCCCACUGUGCUCCAAGAACAAGUGUGUGGAGAAGCUGGCUGCAAAGGAGAUCUGCCAGAAAUACCAGGAUGCCCGAGCUGGGCACCUGCCAGAGAAGUGUGCUGUGGACUUCGCCACAGCUGUCUACCUCUGCCUGCAGAAGAAGAGCCCCAGCCUGACGCAGGUGCGUGCUGCCGUGGCAGAGGUGGAGCGUCAGGUCAGAGACCCCCAGGGACCUUGUGACGCCAGCAGUGAUUGGGAACUGAAGAGGUCAUCGGGGAACACCCCGGAAGAAACGGAUGAUGUCGACGAUCUUGGCACAGAAUGCUCUUCUUCAAAUGACCGUGACGAGAAGGGGCUCUGGGCAGGGUCAGAGUGCGAAGAGGGCUCGCUCUGUGUUGGGGCAGAGGCGGCCUCCUCAGGGCAUCCUCCAGCUGCAACAGAAAAUUCUUGGGAAGUUGAAGUCAAUGAUGCUAAGAAGAAAUUGAUGGAAAAUAUUUUGCUUUAUGAAGAACAGCAGUUGAACAGCGAGGAGCUAUUUGGAUCUUUUAAGCCAUAAAUUAGGUGACAAAUUAAUAUGGGGAAAAAGAAGUGAAAAAAAGAGACAGGUUGGAAAUAAGAGUUCUUUGUGGAUAAAGACUUUCAGGACAUAAGAGUGGGUGAGAGGAUACUUUUCGUAAAUGUGCUAAAGCUUCUGCUUUUAAAGACAUAAAAAUCUACCUGGUCUAUUAGCCUUCCAUAAUCUGAAAUCUGAGCUUUGAGCUUCAGAACUGAGAUGAUGGGAACAGAAUGUUCCAUGAAGGGACAAGGAAACGAUGGAACCCACUGUCUAACUUUGGAAAAGUUCUCUGUAUCAAAGAACACUACGAACUCAGGGAGUUUGAGUCUCAUUAACCAGAGUGCCUCUUGGUGAGUCACAAGCCCAGAGUUUAUCUCUGAAAACCCAAAUUAGCCCUGAACUUGAUUUAGACUUCCUGGAGCAUCUGAGCGGAACUGACUGGUUGUCCCCCUGAUUCUGGAACAUUUGGGACUCUGCUGAACGUUGCCUCCAAGUGGGGCAGAACCAAUCCAGCUGCCUUUUCAGAAUGUGCAAGAAUUCUUUCACUGCUCCUGGCCCUCAUAACAUGGCACCUGAUCCCAUGUUACAUGCAGGUGUGAACACUUUAGAUGCUGAACAUGAAUCAGAUAUUUAUUAUUUGCCAUUAGCUUUGACCUGUGCAACAGAGGAUCCCUCUACUUCUUCACCCAAGGGACAUUACUGAUGCAAAGAAGAACUACACAUUGUAGUAAAGACCUUUUAUUUUGAGAAUAAUAUGUUAUUUAGCUUUAGAAUCAGAGGCCCUGGGUUUGAGAGCUGACUCUGUCACUGACCUCUGCCCUGGACUUCCGUUUCCUCAUCUGAAAAAUGAAGGCGUGGCAGUUGUAAUCGCUAAGAUCUUUUCCAAAUCCGGUGUUCUAACUCCUACCUUACUGCCUUUUGAAACAUUUUGAUAUAUCAUCCUCUGAGAGGCAUGGGGGCAUGGUGGAGAGAGGGCUAACUAACCUUGAAGUCGGGAAGAUCAACUCAGUCCCCUGAGAUAGGUGAGCUGUUAACAAGAGGGAAGUCACCCUAAAUGUCUCUGGAGACAUGGUCUUCCCAAGCUGUUUUGAUCCCUGUCAGCAAAAAUUUUUGAGUUCCCUAAUAUAUGUGUAUUUAUUUAUAAAUUGUAUACAUCUAUAACUUAUUCUAUUAUGUUGAAAGGGUUGUAUGUAAAACUGUGAAUCUCUAUUGCAUAGAGCUUGCAUAGUUACAAUAAAUUCAACAUGUAUCUUUCAAAGA